GGUGAGCCUGGUGCUCCUGGCCCUGAGGGACUCCAAGGACUAGCUGGACUUCCUGGCGCCAGGGUCAGUAUUGAACCAGAAAGUACAGCAUGCCUCAUGUGCUGUAACCAUUAACUUAAGUCUUAGCUAAACCCAGGGGUGAAAGUAGAUUUAAUUGAUGUGUCCACUGCUGUCCGAGUGUGUCUUGUUUCCGGCCAGUCAUUUCUGCCUAGCCAAAAUUGUAAUGUUCACGUUGAACCACACUGCAAAUUUGUCAUGCGGCUGACAGGCAGUUAUGAUACAUCUUGGUUUAAUAGCCUACAGUUUUUUUGCCAUCUUUGUUUUUAUAAUUGUGAAAGGCUCAUGUUUUAACAGUACAAUGUACCCCCACUAUUUCCGUACAGGCAUACUUUCACCUACUAACUGUCUACUAUAAAGGUGUUUCACUAUGGUUUUUGUGCUUGUCUCUCCCCAGGGAUUGAAAGGAGACAAAGGCGAUCCAGGACCAAAGGUAUGUUAGUGUUAGACAACAGAACGAUUCCAAACUAACCCUGAUGUGAGAUGUUCUUCUACCCUCGUCUACUGUUCAUCAUAUAGUAUGUGUGGUUGUAUCAAAGCCUGUUACAACAUUAUAGACCAUUGGUUGUAUUAUUCAAAAUGGCUUGUAUUCAUGUCAUGUUAAGUUCAUGGGGGAAAUGUGUCCUAACUGUCCUGUGUGCUGUGUCUUCCAGGGAGAGUGUGGUCCUGAUGGACACAAUGUACCUGGUCCUCCUGGUCCUCCUGGCCCUCCAGGACCCAUCAUCAAUCUGCAGGAUGUAGGUCCACCCCUCACAACUCCCAUCCUCUGUCUGAGUGCUGUUUCACAAAUAACACACACAUAUUGACCAGGAAUAUAACUGUUGUGUUUUAUUAAGGGGUUAUUACCUUCAUGAGUAUUCAUAACCAAAUGGGAGUGCACACAUAUAUUACAUGAAGUAUCUUGAGAUGUCUGUUGCAAUUGAAUUCAUCGCCAUCCACUUGGUUUUCAAAUAUUCAUAGUUUAUACAGUAUGUAAAGUGUAUAGCUUGUAUAGAUACAGUAGAUUUACUAUUGUAAUCAGGUGUGUCAUAUAUUUAUCCUCAGCUCCUCCUGAACAACACAGAGGGCAUGUUUAACAUCACUGAGAUCCGUGGGUCCCCUGGCCCAAUGGUGAGAAGCACAAUGUUCAGUUUAUAUGUAUUUCUGAAACUAGUCGGUUAUAUUUGAAUGGAAAUGUCCAUUCUGCCCUACAUUAAAUGGGCUGGACGCUGAAGCAUGGGACAUAUCAAUAUGCCUCAGGGCAGUUUGCAUUUAUUGCUAUGUCAUGCAUGAGCAAUGACAUUAAUGAUUAAUUCAUUCUGGUCACAUCUGUCAUGUGUGAAGCCAGAAUGGCCUGUUUUCAAUUCCUCAAUGCCUAUUUAUUAGAAGUAGGUUCAGCUAAGGGUCAGCCUAACCAUCUAAUCAACCAUUAAUGCAACCAUAAUACAUACUUGAUCCAGAAUACAUAUAGUUAGGUUAUAUAAUGCAUAUACUUAGCCUACUUACAUAAUGUAUGUAUACGGUCACACUCAACCAUGAUUAUAUCAGGUCUAAAGCUUAUUGAUACAUUACAGCCUUGAAAUGUGUGUAUUUUGUGAGAUGCUUGCUAAUACAUGCUGCAUAGAAACUGCAUGUUACUGUAUUAUUCCAUGCGAUUGACAGCUAUGCUAACGUAGUCCUGCUACCUGCCUAUGUGUGUUUUGUUGCAUGUCACAGGGCCCUGAAGGAGAGCCUGGCAGAGCAGGAUUCCCUGUAAGAUAAACUCCAUACUUAAUAUGUGAUAACCCCAUAUAUGGCAUGCAGGAUCCAUUGUAUAUUUAUGUAUUACUGUAUUACAGAUUUAAUUUUGUCUUUGCCGCCUGAACAUGUAACAGAGACUGAACAUUAGUCCAGAUGCGACAAAACUAGGGCCUGAAGGACCUGCCUUGUUGAUAGUGCUGUUAAGAAGGCAGAGUAGCGCUUUAUUAUGGACAGACUUCUCCCCAUCCUCUGUAGCUCAGCUGGUAGAGCACGGCGCUUGUAACGCCAAGGUAGUGGGUUCGAUCCCCGGGACCACCCAUACACAAAAAAAAAUAAUGUAUGCACGCAUGACUGUAAGUCGCUUUGGAUAAAAGUGUCUGCUAAAUGGCAUAUUAUAUUAUUAUUAUUAUUAUUAUUAUUAUUAUUAGCUACUGUUGUAUCAAUAUGUUUUGACCAUGACAAGGAACCAAGCAGUUUAGUCACCUCAACUUGCUUAAUUUCCACAUUAUUCAUUACAAGAUUUAGUUGAGGUUUAGUGAAUGAUUUGUCCCAAAUACAAUUAUUUUAGUUUUUGAAAUAUUUAUAACUAUCUUAUUCCUUGCCACCCAUUCUGAAACUAACUGCAGCUCUUUGUUAAGUGUUGCAGUCAUUUCAGUCACUAUAGUAGCUGACCUGUAUAGUGUUGAGUCAUCCGCAUACAUAGACACACUGGCUUUACUCAAAACCAGUGGCAUGUUGUUAGUAAAAAUUGAAAAAAGUAAGGGUCCUAGACAGCUGCCCUGGGCAAUUCCUGAUUCUACCUAGAUUAUGUCUGAUAGGCUUCCAUUAAAGAACACCCUUUGUGUUCUGUUAGACAGGUAACUCUUUAUCCACAAUAUAGCAGGGGGUGUAAAGCCAUAACACAUAAAUUUUUCCAGCAGCAGACUAUUAUCGAUAAUGUCAAAAGCCGCACUGAAGUCUAACAAAACAGCCUCAGGGCACACACUUUCUAGUAGGCUUAAAUUGAAGAUAUGGCAAAUAGGAGUGGCAAUAUUGUCCGCUAUUAUCCUCAGUAAUUUUCCAUCCAAGUUGUCAGACCUCGGUGGCUUGUCAUUGUUGAUAAACAACAAUAAUUUUUUCACCUCUUCCACACUCACUUUACAGAAUUCAAAAUUACGAUGCUUGUCUUUCAUAAUUUGGUCAGAUAUACUUGGAUGUGUAGUGUUAGCGUUUGUUGCUGGCAUGUCAUGCCUAAGCUUGCUAAUCUUCCAAUAAAAAAGUCAUUAAAGUAGUUGGCAAUAUCAGUGGGUUUUGUGAUGAAUGAGCCAUCUGAUUCAAUGAAUGAUGGAGCUGAGUUUUUGGCCAAAAUUUCAUUUAAGGUGCUCCAAAGCUUUUUACUAUCAUUCUUUAUGUCAUUUAUCUUUGUUUCAUAAUGUAGUUUCGUCACAUGAUUUCUCAAUCUGCAGUACGUUUGCCAAUCUUAUUUUCAAUUUAUUUUGCCUCAUCCCUCUCAACCAUAAAAUUGUUCAAUUCCUCAUCAAUCCACAGGUAUUUAAUAGUUUUUACAGUCAUUUUCUUAAUGGGUGCAUUCUUAUUAGUAACUGGGAUAAGCAAUUUCAUAAAUGUGUCAAGUUUAGUGUCUGGUUGCUUGUCAUUACACACCAUGGACCAACAAAUAUUAUUUACAUCAACAACCUAGGAAUCACUACAAAACUUGUAGGUUCCUUAUCAUAAUGAGAAGAGUCUGUCGUUCUGAAUAAAACAUAUAUUUUGACUCACCUACUAUAAGUACAUUAUGUUCUAAUACGCUUAUCUUUUCUGUUCAUAAUUAUUCUUGUGAUCUUUGCCCAGGGCCCAAGAGGACCAAAGGGUGACAUUGGGCUUCCUGGUCUUCACGGUCCACCAGGAAUGAAGGUAAGCUGAGAGGAAACUCUCAUCUUUAGUGUUAACUGCCCUUGCAUGCUAGGGCAUUUAUAUUCUCUGGACCUUACAUCAGAUAGGUAGGAUUUCUUUAACCUAACCAAGACCUGAUGAUCAUGUCUUUGUAUCUACUAUGUCUUUCCUCAUCAUAGGGUGUGAAGGGGGAAUCUGGUGUCACGAUAGCUGCCGACGGCACUGUGUUGACAGGUGUCAGGGGCCCUCAGGGACCAAAAGGAGUCAAGGUGACGUUUCUUUCUACCUCUAGGGUCAAAGGUCAUUGUAUGGUAGUGGUUGUCUGAUGAUAAGCGUUCUGACCUUGUAUGGGUGCUGUUUACAGGGUGAGCGUGGGUUCCCUGGAGCUGCUGGUAUCAUGGUGAGUGAAUGAAUACUUGUUAAAUCAAUGCUCUGUUACAUUGGUCUUAGCUAUAGACAUCUGAAACAACUGUAAACAUAUAAGGCUGGUUUCCCGGACAGAGACUAAGCCUAGUCCUGGACUAAAAAGUACUUUCAAUGUAGAAUUUCCAUUGAACAUGCUUUUUUGUCCAGGAAUAGGCUUAAUCUGUGUCUGGGAAACUGGUCCCUACUGUCUACUGAGUGAAAAUGUUAUGAAAAAAUAUAAUGUUUUAUUUUUAAGGGACCAAUUGGACCAACUGGACAAAAAGGAGAAUACGGAUUCCCUGGUCGACCGGUUAGUGUUUUUAGUCAACCCUCUACUGUUUUCAUUUGUUUGGUUAUUAUAUGAGAGUUUGAGCUGUCACUUUAAUCUGCCCUGUGUAAGUGUUGACCUUUUUCUUCUGUAGGGACGACCUGGAAUGGCAGGGAAGAAGGGAGACAAGGGAGAUGCCAUUGGUCAACCAGUAAGAAUCGCCAUCUUGAAACGUGAUUUUAUGGGAUUACAGUACAAUCAACUAACUAACUAAUAGAAAAGUGAGGUGUCAUUGACAGCGAUUGAUUGAUCGGUGUGAUUGUGUUUUAGGGACUUCCUGGUCCUCCUGGCCCUCCCGGUCCCCCAGGACCAGUAAUAGGACUCAAUGGAGUAAGUACAGUAUGCCUGUAUAACUAAGAAUUGAUGUGCUGAUGUCAUUGCUGUUUCUCUACUAUUAUUAGUAUGCACUGUGGAACGGAAUGGACAUUUGGUUUUAGUAGCAAUGUUCAUACAGUAGCAAUGAGACCUACUGGAGACAAGCAAAAUAGAACAACAAAUGAGCGAUAGAUUGUCUCCAGUGAUGGUGUAAUGUCAACACAUUAAGUAUUCGCUUUCAUUGGAUAUCCAGAUGCUGUCAAUUAUGUCGUCAUCAAUACUAGUCUGAUGUCAUAAUUUCCCUCUGAAUCUUAAAGACAGUUUUUCCGGUCCAUGCCAGACCGUUCUGCAAAACACCAGUAAGUUUGUGUUUGAGCCCCUCUAAGGCCCUUUGGGUGUGGCGGUGCAUGUAAGUUCGUGGGCUCUUACCGCUAACAGGCAGUCCCUCCCUGUCCUCUCCUCCUGUCUGCAGCCGUGCUGUGUCUCCCUCCGUGUUUCCUGGGUUUGUGGUGGUCCUCACAACAGCAUAAAGCUGGCUCCUGCUCUUCCGCAGGUCAUAAGGUCAUAUGUGACAUCAUACAGUCACAUCUCAACCAUACUGAAUAGUCAAAUUGUCUUCAAUACAUCAAGUUCUGAAUUGAUGAAUUCAAACUCUUUUGAAUGUUCAGCCUGCUUUAUGCUGACAGUAUAGAAGUCUAGUAGAAAUCUAAAGAGCUUUUUUCCCAUUGAGUGAUCCUGUUCCUUUAACCCUGGGCAUUUUGGAAGGUCUGUUGCUGUGUUGAUAUUGCAUGUGGUUUUAUCUGUUGGGUUUCAGCUUUAGAGCACUAAGAGGUUAUUAAUCAAAUCAAAUCAAGCUUUAUUUAUACAGCACAUUUCAUGCAACGUGCUUUACAGGAAAAAAUGACACAAACUGAACAACUAAAAAGCACCCUAAGGAAAAGCAAUGCUAAAAAUAUGUUUUAAGAUCUCUUUUAAAUAUGUCCACAGUUUCGGCCCCCCUCAGGUUCUCUGGCAGGCUAUUCCAGGCUGGGGGCAUAAUAACUAAAGGCUGCCUCCAUGCCUCUUGGUUCUAGGCUUUGGGAUAGUUAAAAGGCCAGUGCCAGAGGACCUGAGGGACCUACUGGGUACAUACUUUAAACGCAUGCCUGACAUGUAUUGGGGUGCACUAUCGUGGAUUGAUUUAAAAAACAAUAGAAGAAUCUUAAAAUUAAUUCUAAAACUCACAGGCAGCCAGUGCAGAGACCUUAAAACCAGUGUAAUGUGUGCUCUCCGUCUUCGAACUUCUCUGCGGUUCAAGGUGGCCAACCUAAAUAAGAACAUUCAACCUGAGUUCCUUACUACCUCUCGCCCUCCUUGUCCUCAUUCUAUGUUUAACCGGUGUGUGCAAGGCUGGCAGGGACGUUUUAACACCUAAAUGAAUUACACAUCUCUCUCCAUGUCUCCAUUUUAAUUUCCAGACAUUUUGGACUGAACAGAAACAACUUUACUUGUUGCCUGUAUAGGAUGUAAAGCUGUUUUGUUGGUGAUUAUUUUGGGGGAAUUAUGUGGAUCUGGUUUUGGGUGUAAUUUUAUAUUAACCGUAUUAUUUGUGACAUCCUUCCACAACAAGUUUGAUCCACAAUAACAGUACAAUAACCAUACAAUCUUGUGUUUUAGGUGAAUGGCAGCAGGGGAUCAUCACAAGGUAAGUAAUCAAUGAAUCACACUGACAAUAUCGGAUCACCUAUCCAGCCUAUGGAGCAGGCUUUACAUUUUUAUAGAUGAUCUCAGUUGUCUCAUACACCUGUACUGUAUUUCUGUAAAGGUGGUAGGAGAGGAAACAGAGGUGCUAAAGGGGAAAAGGGAGAGGUUGGACUGCCUGGAACACCUGGAGAACAAGGUAUGUAUGUGCAGCCAAGGGUGCAGUUCCUUCUCCAUUUAACUUGUUUAUUGGCAAUUAGCGCACUUAAUUAUAACAGAAACUUUAUGCAUGAGCGUAUUCAGACAUAUGUUUGCAACAGACGACAGUUAACUAAGAUGUCUUCUCCCUCCUCAGAUGAUGUUCUUCCAGAAGGUUUUGUGGUGAGUCUUUCCCCUUAAGUUCUUUAAGGAACAUUUACAAGUAGUGGAAAUGUAUGUUACGUAAAACUCUUAUGCAUGUCAUAGGGCGGAAUGUGGCCUAAUGGUUAAGAAUGUUGGGCAGUAACCGAAAGGUCGCUGGUUCAAAUCCCUGAGCUGACUAGGUAAAGAAAUCUGUCGAUGUGCCCUUGAGCAAGGUACUUAAACCUAAUUGCUCCUGUAUGUCGCUCUGGAUAAUGACUAAAAUAUAAAUGUAAUAGUCUGAUUCAACCAAACUGUGUGUUUCUCAGGGAGAAAAAGGGGACGUGGGCUAUGAAGGAGAGAAGGGUGAUGCUGGGUUGCCUGGCCCUCCAGGUCUUCCUGGGAGAUCAGGCCUUGUGGUGAGUAAUUCCAGGCUCCAAGUACUCAAAAAAGUACAGUGUACAUUUUACAAACUGUAGUCAAGGUAAAUAGUAAAGACACUCUCAUUUCCAUACAUGAUAAAGCUUUUACUUUUGUAUGUUACAUUUGCAUAUGCUGUAUAUGUAGGGGCCAAAAGGUGAGUCCAUCGUUGGCGCCCCUGGUCAUCCUGGAGCUCCUGGUGAACCAGGGGUUCCUGGCAUUGGACGACCAGGCACUCGGGGGCCCCCUGGCCCUGCCGGACCCCCUGGACCACCCCCUGUCUAUGCCUCAGGUAACUGUGCACUGUGUGCUCGCUAAAAUACAACAUCUUAAACUAAGCCUUACUGUCAUGCUUUAGUUUAGGGUGAGUUCCAUGUUUAUGUAUUUAAUAAAAUACACAAAUGUAUGUUUAGUAAACCUACAUUCCCCUUUAUACCUUUGUAUGACUGUUCUAUUUUUCAGCUGUGAGUAUUCCUGGCCCACCUGGGCCUCCUGGUCCUCCUGGGAUUACUGGCUAUGAAAACCCGGUAAGACAACCAGUAGGGUACUUCCUUGUAUACUCACCAAAUCAACAUAGGUAAACACACAGGGAAAUGUGUGUAUGUGUUUGUACACACUUGUGUGUGUUUGCGUGUGCACUAUAGAGUUCUCUCAUUGUCAGCAUGGAUUUGCUUGAGCAGCAUUGUCUAUGUCCAGAUGAUUCAGUGUGAACUUCCUCUCUUCUCACCCCAGGUGACCACAUACAGGAACACCAUCACUCUGAUGAGGGAGAGCCACCGUGCUGCAGAGGGCUCCAUGGCCUACGUCUCAGACAAGGAAGAACUCUACCUUAGAGCCAGAGAUGGCUGGCGCAAGGUUCAGGUACUUUACAGUCCCACAAUCCCACAGUUAUGUCUUCAGUUAAUUAAAAGCCUUUGAUAUUGCUAAAUUGGCAUAGAAAAUGAGAUGUUGCCUGUGCUUAUUCAGUGAUGUGUGUCCUGUCUCUCCAGCUUGGUGAGCUGAUCCCUGUCCCAGCAGAGACCCCAUCCUCUACAUUGUCCCAGGCCCUGAGCAGACCAGGAGAUCGCAGCAGACCCCACAGGCCACACAGCCAGGUACUGUGGCUACAGUAACACACCACCCACUGUGGUUACACUGCACACUACAUCUGGGGGGGUGCUUAUAUUUGUCCUGUUACACACAAGUGUGUAAUGGAAAUGUCGUUUUCUAUUUUUUUUCUAUUUGUUUUGUAAUACUUUUUUCUCCCCAAUUUUGUGAUAUCCAAUUGGUAGUUACAGUCUUGUCCCAUCACUGCAACUCCCGUACGGACUCGGGAGAGGUGAAGGUCGAGAGCCAUGCGUCCUCCGAAACACGACCCUGCCAAGCCGCAUUGCUUCUUGACACACUGCCUGCUUAACCCCCCGGAAGCCAGCCGCACCAAUGUGUUGGAGGAAACACUGUGCAACUGGUAACCGAAGUCAGCGCGCCCGGCACGCCACAAGGAGUCGCUAAAGCGCGAUGGGACAAGGACAUCCCGGGUCUGUAGUGACACCUCUAGCACUGCCUUAGACCGCUGCGCCACUCGGGAGGCAGUAAAUGUAGGGAGUGGGGUCACGGCCAGGGUCACCAUUGUACAGCGUCCCUGGAGCAAUUAGGGUUAAGUGCCUUGCUCAAGGGCUCAUCAACAGAUUUGUCACCUUGUCGGCUCCGGUAUUCGAACCAAUGACCUUUCGGUUACUGGCCCAACACUUUAAUCUAGGGGCUACCUGCCGCUCUUUUUUUCAAUGUUUUAUUUCUGAUUUCUUUACUCACGGCAUGUCAAUCUCUGCUUGUGUCUCUGUUUUUUUAGGAACUAGUUGGAACUAGCUACAUGCCCAACUAUAAUGUCCUACCUCAUACAGUACCUUCAGUACCUGGGGUAAGACUUCAUUUUCAUAAUCAAUAUGCUAUAGGUUUAUACCUCUGUUGCACAUUGUCACAAUGGACUUGCUUGAGCUGUGUUGUCUAUGUUUAAGUCCAUUGACUGUUUCCCUCCCCAGCUGCACCUGGUGGCCCUAAACACUCCGUUCUCUGGGGACAUGCGUGGCAUCCGGGGGGCAGACUUCCAGUGCUACCAGCAGGCCCGCGCCAUGGGCCUCACCGCUACCUACAGAGCCUUCAUGUCCUCACACCUCCAGGACCUGGCCACCAUCGUCAAGAAGGGAGACCGCUACAGCAUGCCCAUCAUCAACCUCAAGGUACAGUUGUUGUCUCUUAUGACAACUAAAACAUAAACAAUGGACUGAUAGGUCCUUCGUUUUUUGGUUAUGAUGCGGUAAGACAGUUGUACUAAUCUCAUUAAGGUAUAGUCAUAUUUUUCUAAAUGAAAAGGUAUAUUUCCUUCAUUGAAACUACAGGAAGUCUGUGACUGUAAAUGUGACUUCAAUCGUAUCUUUUCCACAGGGAGAGGUGCUCUAUGGCAGCUGGAUGAACAUCUUCUCUGGGAAUGGAGGCGUGUUGGACCCAUCAAUCCCUAUCUACUCCUUUGACGGACGGAAUGUCAUGAUGGACCCCACUUGGUUAGUGACCAACUUUGACUGACCCCUUAAAAGACAUACAGAGAACAAUCACAGAUUGUGAUAUUUAGUUGAACACUGAUUUAAGUCACUCUGGAAAUGAGUAUCUCUAAAUGUAAAAUGUCAUAGGUCUGUGUUUAACUCUCUGUGUGUGUUGUCUGUGAACGCAGGCCUCAGAAGCUGGUGUGGCAUGGCUCCAGCACGGUCGGCAUCCGUAUGACCACUAACUACUGCGAGGCGUGGCGGGCGGGUGACAUGGCAGUGACGGGCCAGGCCUCGCUCCUUCAGACGGGCAGACUGCUGGGCCAACACACCCGCAGCUGCUCCAACCACUUCGUAGUGCUAUGUAUCGAGAAUAGCUACAUUGACCACAGAAGGUCUAAUUAA